UCUUCUCCGAAAUUCACACAGUUGAUUGUUAUCGUCGAUAUCUUUCCGAUAGAAAUGAAAAUUGUUAUUGUAUUUAUUUCCUUCGCUCUCUUUGUGACAACAAUAGAAGCCAAAAAGAAAAAAUCUACCACGACUACUGUGUCCGGACAGUUAGCCAGUUUCUACGAGACAUCCACGUUACCAGGAGCCAAAAAGAGGAAGGCCACAACAACUACCAAACCCGGACAUUUGGGCAGCUCCUACGAGACAUCCAAGCGUACAGGAACCAAAAAGAAGAAGUAUUCAACAACUGCUAAACCCGGAAAUUUGGACAGUUCCUACGAGACUUCUUCGCCACCAGUGGAAGCCAAAACGAAAAAGUCUUCAAGAACCCCCAAACCCGGCCUUUUGCACAGUUCCUACGAGACAUCAACUCUGCCAGAAGCCAAAAAGAAAAAGGUUUCAAGAACUACCAAACCCAGAAUUUGGCACAGUGCUUACGAGACAUCUACGCUACCAGGAGCCAAAAAGACAAAGUCUUCAACCACUACCAAACCCGGCCAUUUGCACGGUUCCUACAAGACUUCUUCGCUACCGGCAGCCAAAAAAAAUAAGUCUUCAAAAACUACGAAAUCCGGACAUUUGCCGAGUUCCCACAAGACAUCUACGAAAUCAGGAGCCAAGAAGAAGAAGCCAACAAAAUCUACCAAAUCCAAACAUUUGCACAUUAUCAUCAUUGCAUCUAGGAUACCAGGUCCUGAAAUAAAACCCAAACAAGUUCUUAUUGACGCCAAAGAGCUUCCUUGCAAUGAUGACAACAGUCGACGAGACCGCAAUGGCGAAUGUCGAAUAAUUGCUUAGUAGUUCAGUGUUUAUUAUGCAAACAGACGGAAGAAAGACCAGACAUAGAACUACCACCGAAAGAAAUCCUUUACCAGUAAUAACAACCACCAAUGGAAAUAGAGAAUUACUUGUUGGCAUCAACCCUAUGUCCUGCCGUAUAGUUAAUCAGCUACGAGACAGCAGUGGGAGGUGUCGAGAAAUCGCUAAGUAGUUCAAUAAAAUGCGGACAAUAUGGAAUUGUUGGAAUUUACAUAAAAAUUGAGAUAAGACGUAUAUCAGUUAAAUCCUAAUAAUUACAUAUUUACCUAAUGCCUAUGAAAGUUAAUGAAAAUGUUUCUUACUUAUAACCAUUUUUAACAUUGAUAACUGCAUCCCGGUUGGUUGUAUCAAUUUCGCUAAUAAUUAAAAUUUCCUUCUGGACGUUAUUAAAUAAAAUUUUCCACUUAUUCAAUAAAUCCUUUA